AUGAUUAAGUUGCAAGUGAAAGUUAUUUCAUGGCUUUUUAUAAUUUUAACAGCAUUUUUAUGCGUGCUGCAAAUUGAAAGCAUAAAUACCAAUUUCCUAGAGCUGGCUGCCUUCGAGGACUUUUUGCGUUCGCAGCACUUAAACCAGGUCCUGGUUGUGCGAGGUCCUGCUGACGGCGAUGCCACUGGCGACUGGCAAAUUGAAUGCCAGCAGAAAUUGUUGGCUAACUAUCGUGUGCAAUUUUACCGGCCAGGAAUGUUGGCCAACUUUGAGGAUCUCUCGGUUUACGACAGUCCGCGUACGGCGGUCCUGGUAUUGAAUUUCAAGCACACCCUCAUAAAAAGACGCGUCUUUCAACCAGCCUCAGAGGCAGGAUACUUUAAUAACUCACUGGCAUGGUUUAUUUUUGGUGCCACCGAGGAAUUUCUAACCGAUGAGCAGGUUAUUGACGAGCACUUUCGGGACUACAAAAUGGCCAUAGACGCAGAUAUAACGGUGGCCAUGAGAAGUCUAGAUAAUUCAUCUUGGCAAUUGUAUGAUUUAUACCGAGUUCGCCAGCAGUUGCCACUAAUUAUUCAAAGAAGAGGAGAGUGGUCCUCCUUAAAAGGAUACCAGCUGCUGGAUAGGUCCUCCAGGGUAGCUCGGCGAAACAACUUCUUCAAUAUCACUCUGGUCGGCAGCACUCCACUGACAGAGAAACCGCCUGGCUACGAUGAUAUGGCCUUUCUGGCCGACUAUGUCCACCUUCAGCAAUUUGAUCCGAUGUCGAGGAAAACUUAUCAGUUUUUCCAACUAAUCACGGAAAUGUUCAAUUUCAGGCUGGAGAUAAUGUUUACAGACAAAUGGGGCGAGAUGUUGAAGGACGGCAGCUGGUCCGGGGUGAUGGGUCAUGUGACGAGUGGCGCCGCGGACUUUGCAGUGUGUCCCAUGCGCUUCGUCCUUGAUAGGCUGGACUCCGUCCACUAUUCGCCUGUUCUGCACACCCAACCUGUACACUUCCUAUUUCGGCACCCGCGGCGCAAUCACAUAAGGAACAUUUUCUUUGAGCCGCUCAGCAAUCAGGUUUGGUGGUGUGUCCUCGUUCUGGUAACUGUGAGCACUUUUCUGCUCCUGCUUCAUGUGCGGCAGGAGAUUCGAGAGAGACGCUCCUCCUCGGUGGAGCAGCGAAUGGGCUUUGCAUGGUUUACUAUGUUGGAGACCUUUCUACAGCAGGGUCCCGCCCCUGAGGUAUUCUGGUUGACCUCCACACGGGUCCUCAUAUACGCGAGCGGCAUAUUUAGCUUUAUACUGAUGCAGUUCUAUGGCGCCUUCAUAGUGGGAUCCUUGCUAUCAGAUUAUCCAAGGAGCAUAGUCAACCUCCAGGCCUUGUACGACAGCAACCUGGCCAUCGGCAUGGAGAAUAUCACCUAUAACUAUGCUUUGUUUUCUAACACCACAAAUCAGUUGGUGAAGGAUGUGUACGCAAAGAAGAUCUGCCACGCGGGAGAACACAAUAUCCUUGGUCUAGAGCAGGGAGCUAUGAGGGUCAUGCAAGGGCGUUUUGCGUUUCACACGGCCCUCGAUCGGCUCUAUAGGCUAUUAAUUGACCUGAGGAUGGGGGAGUCCGAGUUCUGUGAGCUCCAGGAGAUCAUGUUCAACCCACCCUAUGUAACCGGAUCCGUUACGGUCAAGGGUUCGCCUUGGAGAGAGCACUUGGCCCGAGCAGUUUUGCAUCUUCAAGCCACCGGAUUGAUGCAGUACAACGACCGACGUUGGAUGGUGUCGCGACCGGACUGCAGUCUCUUCAAGACCUCCCGGGCCGAGGUGGAUCUAGAGCACUUUGCCCCUGCCCUUUUCACCCUGGCGCUCGCCAUGAUGGCCAGUGCUCUGGUCUUUUUGCUGGAGCUCUUCCUGCACUGGCUACCCGACUUACGGGGAAGGCUGGAAGCCAUGUCCACUUAA